CUCAUGUCCAACAUCAUCCAGCUGCUGACUGGAGAGGAGUGGGAUUAUAUAAAAAGAAACAAGAACCUUUACAGGGAAGGGAUAAAGGAGGAGCUCCAACAGCUCUGCCCACUGGACAGUGAAUAUGAAGAGAAGAGAGAUAUCACAGCUGAUCUGGGAGGAACAUUAUGUUAUAAUAAUGAGACAAGCAAGGUUGGGGCUGAAGGAACGGAUUUAUGUGCCGACGGAAAUUCCACAAACCCUGAAAUUUCUCCAGUGGAACAGCCCCCACCAGCCAAUGGGAUUAAAGAAGAAGUGGGUUCAUGCGAAGGAGAAAGCCAAUCAGAUUACAGCAUUAAUCCACUUACAGAACAGAUACAAGGAACAGAUACACCUACUCCUAUCAUGGGAUACAGCCUGAAUAACAGCUUGGCAGCUAAUUAUAUAUUCAAUGGUAUUAAUAAGCAGUCGGCUUCAUGGGAAGAGAGUAACCAAUCAGAUUGCAGGAUUAAACCACUUACAGAACAGAUACAGGGAACAGAUACACCUACUCCUAUCAUGGAAUCCUUUGGCAAUAAUGAGAAUAAUGGCAAUGGAGAGCAGAGCUACUGCAGGAGUAAUACAGACGAGGGACCAGAUACGUACGGACAUAGUCACUUGCAAGAUGAUACCGUACCGACGGUUUCCAAUCACACAGAGAGCCAUAAUAAGAGCAGUUGUAGUAAAGAUAAAACUGAUGUAGAAGAGAAACCCUUGAGCGGAGAAGACUCAGCAGUUCACUCCCAGCUCACUGUACAAUACAGAUGUCACGCAGGAGAGAAAUUGUUCAUUUGUUCCGAAUGCGGCAAAUGUUAUAAGUCGUACCCACAGCUCAACGCGCACCAGAGAACUCACACGAAAGAGAAGCAGUUUCCUUGCUCUGAAUGUGGGAAACAUUUCCCCAAGCUCUCAAGCUUAAAUGAACACAAGAGAAUUCACACGGGAGAGAAGCCCCACACUUGCUCCGAAUGUGGCAAAUGCUUUACAGAUUCCUCACAGCUUAGUCGCCACGCUCGGACGCACACGGGAGAGAAGCCGUUCGCUUGCCCAGAAUGUGGCAAAGGUUAUAUAUGUCGCACGUCCCUUAUUAUACAUCAAACGACUCACAAAGAAACCAAAGCCCUUUGCUGCUCCGAGUGUGGCGAAUGCUUUAAAUAUCGCUUUCAGCUCACUCACCACAUUCGAGGUCACACGGGGGAGAAACCGUUUACUUGUUCGGAAUGCGGGAAAAGUUUCCCAAACAUCUCAAAACUUAAAACGCAUCAUAAAAGUCACAAGGAGGAGCGGCCGUUUUGUUGUUCUCAAUGUGGGAAGUGUUAUAAACAUCACCCGGACCUUACCAACCAUUACAGGAUUCACACAGGGGAGAGACCGUUCAUUUGUUCUGCGUGCGGCAAAAGCUUUACAAGCCGCCAAAUUCUCUCGCAACAUUUUCGCUGUCACACUGGGGAGAAGCCAUUUACGUGUUUGGAAUGCGGGAAAAGUUUUACGCGAUGCUCCAGCCUAACAGAACACAAGAGAAUGCACACGGGAGAGAAGCCGUAUCCUUGCUCUGAAUGUGGCAAGUGCUUUACUAAACGUUCCAGCCUAAAGGAACAUAAGAGAAUUCACACAGGGGAGAAACCAUAUAUCUGCUCUGAGUGUGGGAAGAGUUUUAUAAAAUGCUCACGGCUAACUGAACAUUAUAGAAGUCACACCGGAGACAAUCCGCAUGCUCAUCUCAGUCUACUGUUACUUGUGAAAUUCCGGAUACGCCUGAUUAGCCUUUGUACCUCCAUGAUUGAAAAGCCACAAUAUUCUGUUAGUGAGAAAGACGAUUUUCGGAUGGCGGCUGCUGAUCUGAGAGAUGAACUGAACUGCUCCAUCUGCCUGAGUAUUUAUACUGACCCUGUAAUGCUGCCGUGUGGCCAUAACUUCUGCCAGGACUGCAUUGGGAGGGUGCUGGAUACCCAGGAGGGAUCUGGGGGUUACACCUGCCCUGAAUGCAGAGAGGAGUAUCAGGAGCGCCCUGCCCUGCACAGGAACAGGACUCUGGGUAACAUAGCACAGUGUUUCCUUUCUGUUCACCCAGAGGAGGAUGGGACUGACAUCUUCUGCACUUACUGUGACUCUCCUGUACCUGCUGUUAAAUCUUGUCUACAGUGUGAGACCUCCCUGUGUGAUACUCACUUACAGAGGCACAACAUAUCUGUACAACACACCUUAACUGAGCCCACCAGUUCUUUUGAGGACAGAAAAUGCUCCAUCCACAGUGAAUUCCUGAAAUAUUACUGCACUGAAGAUGGAGCCUGUAUCUGUCCAUCCUGCUGCCUGACUGGGGAACACAGGGGCCACAGAAUGGAGCAACUAAAUGAGGCUUCUGAGAAGAAGAAAGAGAAACUGAGGAAUGAUCUGGAGAAACUGCCCCCAGAGAUAGAGGAGACUGAGGAGCAAAUCCAGAGACUGCAGGAGCGAAGUAGAGAAGUGACAGAAAAAGCAGCCGGUGAGACAGAGAGAGUCACUGCCCUGUUUGGAGACAUCAGGAAACAGCUGGAAGCCCUAGAGAUGCUACUCCUGAAUCAGAUCUUCUGGCAGAAAGAGAUGAUUUGCCUCCAACUCUGGGAGCUAAUGGAGGACCUGAAAGUAAAGAAGGACGAGCUCUCCAUGCAGAUCCGUCACAUUGAGGAGCUGUGCAAAAUGGCAGAUCCACUCAUUGUCCUACAGGAAUGGGAAUCAGAUGAGGAAGAGGAUAAAAAUUAUGAUGAAAGGGAUUACAAAUAUCUGGAUGUCGAUCAGAUCUCAGAGACAUUACUCACAGGGCGACAUUACUGGGAAGUGCAAUGCAGCGAAUCAGGGGGCUGGAGCAUCGGGAUGUCAUAUGCCAGUAUAGAAAGGGAAGGAGACCUGUCCCGUGUUGGUUUUAAUGACAAGUCCUGGUGUUUGACCAGACUCAAGGAUGAGUAUUUGGUGGUGCAUGACCAUAACAUUACAGAAGUAGGAUACCCUGUUACUUCCCAGAGAAUCAGAAUCUCAUUGGACUAUGAGGCCGGAUUUUGUCCCGCCCCUUCCUGCACAGAUACAGGCAGCAUGUCACUUCUCAGCACUGGGAAGCAAGAGCAGGGUCACUUCCAGGUCAGUCCGUCCCACAAGGAGACAAUGGGAAUGUGGGAGGAAGCGAGUGACACAGGGAUGAAGGGGAAGGAGGAUAAAAAAGAGCGGUACAAGAGAAUCCUGAAUCUGACACUGGAGAUGAUCUAUCUGCUGACUGGAGAGCACUACAUCCCUAGGAAGAAGUCAGAUGAUGGGGGGGCCCUGCAUGCCCCUGGCUCCGUCAUACAGAAGGAAAAUAACAAGAAUGACAAGAAGAUCCUGGAACUCAUGUCCAACAUCAUCCAGCUGCUGACUGGAGAGACAUGGGACUAUAUAAAAGGAAACAAGGACUUUUAUUCCUUAUCUGUAGAGGAGGAUCCUCAGCAUCUCCAGUUGUUAGACCCUGAUCUAGAAGAAGACAGAAUUCUCCUGUGCCCUGAAACUUCUCCAGUGGAACAGCCCCCACCAGCCAAUUGGAUUAAAGAGGAAGUGGCUUCAUGGGAAGAGGGAAACCAAUCAAAUUACAGUAUUAAUCCAUUUACAGAACAGAUACAGGGGACAGAUACACCUACUCCUAUCAUGGGAUGCAGCCUGAAUAACAGCUUGGCAGCUAAUUAUAUAUUAAAUAGUAUUAAUGAGCAGUCAGCUUCAUGGGAAGGAGCAAACCAAUCAGAUUGCAGCAUUAAUUCACUUACAGAACAGAUACAGGGGACAGAUACACCUACUCCUAUCAUGGGAUGCAGCCUGAAUAACAGCUUGGCAGCUAAUUAUAUAUUAAAUAGUAUUAAUGAGCAGUCAGCUUCAUGGGAAGGAGCAAACCAAUCAGAUUGCAGCAUUAAUCCAUUUACAGAACAGAUACAGGGAACAGAUACACCUAUCAUGGGAUACAGCCUGAAUAACAACUUGUCUGUGGCACAUGAUUCAUUUAUUUGUUCUGAAUGUGGCAAAUAUUUUACUCAAAGCUUAGAGCAAGUACAACAGAAGAGUCAGACUGCAGGAAAGUUAUUUUAUUGCUGUGAAUGCAUGAAUGAUCUUCAACAAAGCACAACUCUUAAUACAGAGAAACAAUGUAGAGGAGAGAAAACCUUUUCUUGCUCCGAAUGUGGGAAAUGUUUUAAAGACAGAACCCACCGUAAUGUCCAUCAGAAAAUCCACACGGGGGAAAAACCAUUUUCCUGUUCCGAAUGCGGCAAGUGUUUUUCACGACGUUCCCAUCUUGAUGUCCACCAGACGGUUCACACUGGGGAGAAGCCAUUUUCUUGCUCUGAAUGUGGCAAAUGUUUUACACGCCGUUCGCACCUUAAUGUGCAUCGAGCCACUCACACGGGAGAGAAACCUUUUUCUUGUUCCGACUGCGGCAAAUGUUUUACAGAUCGCUCUCAUCUCAAUCUCCAUCAGAAUGUUCACAAAGGGAGAAAACCGUAUUCUUGUUCCGAAUGUGGCAAAUGUUUCACGCACAGCUCCAACCUUACUGUCCAUCGGAGAAUUCACACCGGAGAGAAACCGUUUGCUUGUUCUGAAUGCGGGAAGUCGUUUGCCCAUCGCUCCCAUCUUAAUGUGCAUCAAAAAACUCACACGGGGGAGAAACCAUUCUCCUGUUCAGAAUGUGGCAAAUGCUUUACACGACACUCCUACCUCAGUGGGCACCAGAAAACCCACACGGGGGAGAAGCCGUUUCACUGCUUGGAAUGUGGGAAAUGUUUUACUCGUCGCUCAAGCCUAAUUGUACACCAAAGAAUGCACACGGGACAAAUGAAACCAUUUACUUGCACGGAAUGCGGGAGAGGUUUUUCAUACAGCUCAGCCCUCAGCGUUCACCGCAGGCGUCACACGGGAGAGAAGCCGUUUGGUUGUUCCGACUGCGGAAAAUCUUUCACCCAAAGCUCACAGCUGACGUUGCACCGGCGAAUUCAUACGGGCGAGAGACCCUACUCUUGCACCGAAUGUGGCAAACGUUUCACCCAUCGCACUCCGCUUAAUGUUCACCAGAAAAUCCACACAGGGGAGAAACCUUAUUGUUGUUCUGAGUGCGGCAAACGAUUCUCUGAUCGCUCGAACCUUGUUGUGCAUCAGAGAAGUCACUCGAGGGAAAAGCCGUUUUCCUGCGCUGACUGUGGCAAAGCUUUCACGCGUCGCUCAAAUCUUAAGGAUCAUCAGAGACUUCACACCGGGGAGAAACCAUAUUCGUGUCCUGAGUGCAGGAUUUGUUUUGCACAAAGCUCACAGCUGGCGUUACACCGGAGGAUUCACCAGUAGCGAAAUUCUCCAAGCACUACAAUGUUCCAACGUAAACUUCCUGUUUUCGAAAAACGGAAUCACCCCAUUCCCCUAUUUAUUAAUAUUCUUGCAGUAUUCCCUGCUUAUAACAAGGCUUUACAGUCACUUCAUCAUGUGUCUAAAUGAUUCGUAUAUAAGCAAUGAACUGUACUGCAAAAACAAAUUUAUGUGCAUGCUUGUGUUUAUCUUUAAUGGGAGCAGCCAUGAUUGCUCUGACAAAUGGACCUCAAGCACAGACUCUAAAGAAACGUGCUCUUAUCAAAGACACUAUGGUGGAAUGUGUUGCGUAAUAAAAGAAAAUGAAAUUUGAAGCAAACACUAUUCUGCAGCCCAUUCUCACAACUCCCUGCAUUCUCUGUGAGUUAUGGGCCUCAGAAGAAGUAGAACAGGACAUUGUAGGAAUUAGGGCUUACUUGGAGAGCUGAUAUCUAUUACAUUGCUUCAGUAGACAUACAUCAGCCGAAAAUGCAUUUACAAAUACAUUUUAUGGCACUGGAAGUGUGUAAUAUAAUGCUUACUGAGAAGGCUAGAAAUGCUGUAUUUUGUAUACUAAACAUAAACAUGAACUUUCUGCA